UACAUGUCCUGCACCACCCAGCCGAUGAAUGGCUUCAACUUCUCCGUGCCUACAACUCUAUCCCUGGGAUUUUCGACAGCCCGCGAAUACAUAGCGAGCAGCGAAUCACCGCCAGAGCCCGCUAGGACCACCCAAUCCGAGAGCAAAUCAAACGCCCUAGCCGCCAGCAUCGUGGGUCGCAAGUCGGACGGACUUUCGCAGAAAACAAUAUCCGGCUUCUUUGGGCAGCCUUCGUCAGGCCAGAAAGGCGGUUCAGGCACGACUGGGCGCCAGGCCCCGGGCAACCGAGACGCCGUAGGGCAAACGCGUCACAUUGCGCCGUCGAACUCUGAGCUAAACCGUGUGAUUCCCGCAAAUUACUCGACGUAUCGACCGCAAGCGCCGAAGCUGCAACCGCCUCGGCCGGUUCUGGAACCUUCCGACCCGAACCGAUACACUUGGUUGGCGACAUCGAAGCCCAUGGCAGCACAGAAACCACUCUCGCACACCAGUCAGGGACGCAGAACGGUUGUCGAGGAAACAGGCGAGGCUGGGAAAGAUGCGCGGGCAAGCGAGGUUAAAAGUCUUUCAGGAUCUGUCGGGGGAGCCAGGGCCGUGGCCACGUAUCACACGACUACCAUGUCGAUGGUGCAGGCCGGGCAAACCACGACGAUGCGACGGACGCUAGGGAUUCGACGAAGUAUGAACGGCUGGGCGGAUCGUAUGAAGAAAGAGAACAAUGGACCGUAGCCAUGCGGAGGAGAAUGGGUGGCGUUUGGCGUGCAGGUAUAUACUGAUUGUCAUGAGUACCUACGGAGUAUACUGAAGCUAUAUGAUAUCUGAUAAAACACCAGAAUGCACU